GCCACAGAACCCAGGCACACUUAGUCGGAGCCAGGAAAAUAACAAUCAACUUGUACAGUCGCCUCACAAUAGAUAUCAAUAAUAACUAACUUGCGACUAUGAAAUUCUAGUUAUUUUCACUAUGAAACCUGAUUCACACAAACCAAUGUCGCAGCAUGACGUAAUAGUCACUAUACCGAUAUAUAAAUCUGCCGUUAAGUUACGUUCACCAUCACUAAAUUCAUGAGAUUGUAUCGUGAUUGCCGAAGCAGAAAUAUGAGCUCCCCAGUUGUGUCAAUCGUUAAUGGUAAGGUGAAAGGUAAAGUUGUAGAGCUUAAGGUAGAAGAUGCAACAAAAGUUAAUGUAUUUCGAAAUAUACCUUAUGCAAAACCGCCGACUGGAAAAUUAAGAUUUAUGCCUCCUGAACCAGCGUGCUCUUGGGAAGGCAUAAGAGAUGGAAUAACUCCUGGUAAUCUGCCGAUGUAUUCAACAUUAUAUGAUGAAAUGAUGAAUAAAUAUUUUCCAACACCUGAUCAAUAUGAUAGUGAACAGGUUUUGAGCGAGGAUUGUUUGCAUGUAUCUGUUUAUACGCCAAGUCUGGAUGAAGGGAAAAAAUUGCCGGUCAUGGUGUAUUUGUACGGAGGGGGAUUUUUCUCAGGUUCAGAGCGUCCUUAUGAAGGAAGCGCGCUAGCUGGAAUGAACGAUGUAGUAGUUGUUGUACCAAAUUACAGAGUCGGUGUUUUUGGAUUUCUUUCCCUAGGCCCAUCGUCUAUCUGUUCAGGAAAUGCAGGACUCCUUGAUCAACAACUAGCUUUAAAAUGGGUGAAAGAAAACAUUGAGUUUUUCGGCGGAGAUGGCAAUAAUGUAACUAUAUUUGGGGAAAGCGCUGGGAGUGUUUCUGUCGAGAUGCAACUCAUGUCACCCCUGGCCCGUGGCUUAUUCAACAAGGCUAUUAGCCACAGUGGAACCUCAAACAUGGCUGGAUUGAUUCCCGACGCUGAUAAAACAAUCAAAAUGAAAAAUAAAUUUCUGGAAUAUCUUAAAAUAGAUGAAAAGGUUGAUUCCAAAAUUGUUGAAGCUUUACAAAAAAUACCAGUUAAUGAUUUGAUGGCGGCAAUGUUGAAACUCAUGGAGCUGGAAGUUUCAUUUCAACCUUGUUACGAUGGAAAAGUGUUUCCCAAAUCUCACGAAGAUAUGAUGAAAGACGCGAAGUUUUCGAAAAUACCUUAUAUCAUCGGAUGCAACAAUACGGAAGGAUGUGGCCUCCUUUCAUGCCUGGGGUCGCCAAACUUCGCACAAGGAAUUACAGAAGAAGAAUUGAACAACAUGCCAUUCCUCGUGGUUACAGAAGAAGGAUUGCAAAAAUGCAAGGAGCAUUAUAUCAAAAACGAUAAAGAUGAAAAACGAUUCAGUAAAUUAGUUGGUGAUAUUGUGGGAGAUUCCAUGUUUGUGUCGAAAGCAAUUCAGGCUGCAUCGGCAUACUCUGCUGGGGAAGCUCCUGUGUACUUGUACUACGGAUGCUUUCAACUACAAAUGUUUCAAGAUGAAGAGUACGGACCUGAAGUUAGUAAAAAGCCAAACUGGUGUUUAUGUGAUCACGGUGAUGAUAUAUUCAUGACAUUUGGAUGGCCAUUUUCACCGUUUGCGUUGACGAGCGGAGCAAAAUUUACGAAAGAUGAAGAGGAAAUUAGCAGGAAAUUUAUGACAUACUUGACCAAUUUUGCCAGAACUGGGGACCCAAACAAGGGGAAAAGCGUGGAUGUAGACUGGCCGAGGUAUAAGCCGAAAGGAGAACAUCUUGUUGUCGACAAAACAUUUUCAGUUGGAAAAAACCUGGCCGAAAAAGAAGUCGAUUUCUGGGAUAAUGUUAUGCCUCCUUACAUGAAAAAUAGGAGCGUGGAAUAACGAUGAUAUGAUAACAGCGGGGAUAUAUGAACAGUGACAUUCAUUAUGUUCAAAGAGUUCUGUUGCAACUUUCUGUUACAACCUAAUCAUUUUGGUCUUAUCUAAAUUGCACUCAUUACCUAAUACCUGAAAUAGAACUUGAAAUAAUCACUACAAUUUCGUAAAAUAUACAUUCUUACCCUUAGAUUUUCACUGUGUUUUAAAUGUAUUUACUACAACAUUGUAAUUCUACAUUUGUUUCAAAUUAUAACAUACAUGUUCUUAUAAUAAAUAUAACUGGAUAUCAACUCAAUUCUACAUGUGAAUUAAAUGUGUACAGUACUUGGGUUAUGAAGUUUUAUGAAUACAAACCAAAAAUAGUCACAGCUACGCCAUAAGUAUCGUCAGCAAUGUGCCAUCAGAUUCAGAGCUACGGAAAAUUUUGUUUGAAUGUUGUGUUUAACCAUU